UCAUGGAUAGCGACUAUAUAAGUGUCCAAACCCGAAUGAAGGAGUAUAGCUACCUCCAGUGAAUGCAGGACGUCAUCGUAUUGCUUAAGAAUUUAGUAUAAUACGCUAAGAUCUGAUACAGUGCUGCAGAAUGAAGAAAUUUCUUGUUCUUCUGAUCAUCGGAAUGGUGUUGGUGGAAACCUUUGCCAGACAGAAACGAAACGCUGACAAUGGAGAUAAAGACGAUGAUAACAAAAGUAAAAAUGACGAUGAUGACAAGAAUAAUGGAGAUGACAGUAAUAAGGGAGGGCGGGACAGGAGAAGCGCAGAUGACGGAGGCAACAGUAAGGCGAGUAAGGAGAGUAAGGAGAGCAAGGAGAGCAAGGAGAAAGAUGAUGGGAGAUAAAGAGGAAGUAGCCGCAAUGUAAAGAAGAAGGCUGGGAAUGAAAAGGAAAUGACUCAUGAAUUAACAAAAAGAUAAACCAUUUCCCGCAAAUUCAGAAAGUAUAUCACUGAUUCAACUCACUGUAUCGUAUUGUUAUAAUAGGUUAAUUGUAGAUCUGGGAACUGAUUCAUAACUCUAGCUUAUCUUUGUAGUAUAUACUUUGUAGUCCAUGAUAUAUGUAUGGAUAAAAUGUGAAUUGCUAAUAUGUUAAAGAAAACCUAUGUGGUUCCUAAAGUUGUCAACUUUUGUUUACUUCUGAAGUACUAGCUUAUUAACUGUAUAUUUAAGAUUGUGCAUAUAUGUUGUAGAACAGUUAUUUAUUGAUUGAUUUGUUUUAUAACAUCAAUAUAAUGAAAUAUAUGGACAAAAUACAGCAAACCAGGAAUUCUA